AUGGCGGCAGAGGAGCAGAGAGAGGGUUUGGACCCUGUCCCCGAACCCAGGGUAACUCUUAAAGUGGAGGGGACCCCUAUUGACUUCCUUGUCGACACCGGAGCACAACAUUCGGUCCUCCGCACCCCACAAGGAAAACUAGCCAGCAAGAAGUCCUGGGUACAAGGGGCAACUGGUAUGAGCCAGUAUUCAUGGACUACCCGAAGAACAGUAGAUUUGGGAACGGGCCGGGUAUCCCACUCCUUUAUGGUAAUACCAGAAUGCCCCUACCCACUGUUAGGACGGGACUUACUGACCAAGAUUGGAGCUCAGAUAACUUUCAGACAAGGGGGGCCUCAGGUCACCGAUGCCAAGGGCCACCCCAUCCAGGUCCUGACCAUGAAACUGGAGGAUGAAUACUUCCUCCACCAGGAGGCGCUCCCGAGAGAGAAUAAUAUAGACAGAUGGCUACAAGAAUUCCCCUCGGUUUGGGCAGAGACGGGGGGGAUGGGACUAGCCGCUCACAGGACCCCAGUCCUGGUAGAGCUCAAGCCAGGAGAGAGUCCAGUAAGGAUCAAACAAUACCCCAUGUCUCAGGAGGCCUGGAAGGGGAUCCAGCCACACAUCCGGAGACUACGAAGCCUAGGGGUACUAGUUCCUUGCCAGUCUGCCUGGAACACCCCCUUACUGCCGGUCAAAAAGCCUCACACAAAUGACUACCGACCGGUACAAGACCUCCGGGAAGUAAAUAAGAGGGUUGCGGACAUACACCCAACUGUUCCCAACCCAUAUACUCUCUUGAGCUCCUUGGCGCCCUCCAGGGUCUGGUAUACUGUACUAGAUUUAAAGGACGCCUUCUUCAGUCUGCCGCUGGCACCCCAGAGCCAACCCUUGUUCGCCUUCGAGUGGCAUGAUCCGGAGGAGGGCUACAGUGGGCAACUCACCUGGACACGGCUACCUCAGGGAUUCAAAAAUUCACCCACCAUCUUCGACGAGGCUCUACACGAGGACCUGGUAUUUACAGACACCUUCUCUGGCUGGGUGGAGGCAUACCCAACCAAGCAUGAAACGGCUCAGACGGUGGCUAAGAAGCUACUAGAAGACAUCUUACUCAGGUAUGGUUUUCCUGCCAUGGUAGGAUCAGACAAGGGACCAGCUUUUAUCUCGCAGGUAACACAGGCAGUAGCCAAGGCGGUGGGGGCAAACUGGAAAUUACAUUGUGCUUAUAGGCCCCAGAGCUCAGGACAGGUAGAAAGAAUGAAUAGAACCCUAAAAGAGACCCUUACCAAAUUAACCAUGGAGACUGGCGGGGACUGGGUGACUCUCCUACCGUACGCCCUUUACCGGGUUAGAAACACUCCUUACAUUCUGGGUUUUACUCCCUACGAGAUCAUGUUUGGCAGGCCACCCCCUGUUAUUCCCAGCCUUCGAGCUGAACUUAUUGCUGAGUUUAAAGAUCAAGAACUUUUUCUUUCCUUGAGCGGGCUCCAGAGGGCGCACGAGGACAUUUGGCCGCGCCUCCGUGCCAUCUACGAGGCUGGCCCGAUCCCGACACCUCAUCAGUACAGGCCGGGAGACUGGGUCUACGUCAAGAGGCACCACCGAGAGACUCUCGAGCCGCGCUGGAAGGGACCCUACAUCGUGGUGUUGACAACCCCCACCGCUCUCAAGGUAGACGGCAUCGCGACCUGGGUCCAUCACACCCACGCUCAGCCUGCGGACCCCUCCUCGAUCCGGAAGGACGUUGUCACGCGAUGGGCCAUCAGUCGGGACCAACACAACCCGCUCAAGCUCAAGCUACAGCGCAUUUGACCUACCUAAUAUUGGUAACUCUGUUAACUCUGCUUGUCAUUGCUCAUGCUGCCGGGAGUCCCCACACCCCCCAAAACAUCACCUGGCAGAUCAUAGACACCAGCUCAGGGACAAUACUUAAUCAGACGUCCCAGAGCCACCCCAGGGACACUUGGUUCCCAGAACUUUGCGUAAACCUCCAAACUCUGUUCCCCUUGUCACCAUAAAUGCAGCCGGUCCCAUGAUUGGGUCCCUAAGCUACAUGACAAGGGGGGAAUGAAAGGGCAGGCCUACGCCAGCCGACUCCAUCUUGUUCUGUGUCCUUCACCUUGACCACACCUCCUCCCCUUGAGUAACCCCCCCCUCACCUGCCUAACAGGACUCGACCCUUCCCCAGGACCCUUCCCCAGCCAAUCGGCUGAGGCCAUAGCCAUUACCUCACCAACUGCCCCCAGGCCCCAAUAAAACCUUUGUCCUUUUGAAACUCGCGCUCUUUCCCUGGUAUCUCACCGCUGCGUCGGUGCAGGUAGGGGAUUGAGCUCGAGCUAGCUCGAAUAAAGGCUCUUUGCUUUUG